GACGUAAAGCGUGAGAAAUCAUCACAGGUUUAUUUUUCCUUCACUCCUAUUUUUUUCACUCUCGGGUCUCCCGCCCAGGCCAGAGGGAUGUGGCUAGAAGUUUGCUCCGCUCUAGGAGUCAGUCUCCCCAACUGGAGUAGAGGCGGGGGAAGUACACGGCCACCGACAAAUAACACACUUCCAGCUCUGCAGAAGUACACCCUGAGCCAGCCGGCCCGGCAAGCGGAAGUCGCCUAUCCCAAAGACCGGAAAUCCCGCCUUCGCCGGAGAAGGACCGGAAGCGAGACAGCCAGUGCAGAAGGUAGUUCUGCCGCAGGGGCCGCUGAGAAUCCAGCCCCUGGUAUGUGGCCGGAAGCAGGACGGGGGCGGAUCUUCCUGCCGGAAGUUGUUUUCGAUUGGCCGCCUAGCUGAUAGACGUGCAGGCAUUCUGAAGCGAGGAACCAAAGCGAGGAUUAAACAUUCCGGGGCAGUUUGAGCGCUGGCAACUGAGCUGCUGUGGUGCCGUCAGAUCAUGAGCCCGACGACACACUGGGGAGAUAAGUUCCUGAAUCUGCGGGUUCCCCCCGCUGGGGUAUUUGUUGUGGCCUUCCUUGCCCGAGUGGCCCUGAUUUUCUACGGGGUCUUCCAGGACCGGACCCUGCUAGUGAGGUAUACAGACAUCGACUACCAGGUUUUCACGGACGCCGCGCGUUUCGUCACGGAAGGGCGCUCCCCCUAUCUCAGGGCGACAUACCGAUACACUCCCCUGUUGGGGUGGCUACUCACUCCCAACAUCUAUCUCAAUGAACUGUUUGGAAAGUUUCUCUUCAUCAGCUUCGACCUCCUCACCGCCUUCCUCCUAUACCGGCUACUGCUUCUUAAGGGGCUGGGUCGCCGCCAGGCUUGCGGGUACUGUGUCUUUUGGCUUCUUAAUCCCUUACCUAUGGCGGUGUCCAGCCGAGGCAAUGCGGACUCGAUUGUCGCCUCCCUGGUGCUUAUGACCCUGUACCUAAUAGAAAAAAGACUCGUCGCGUGUGCCGCUGUAUCCUAUGGUUUCGCAGUGCACCUGAAGAUGUAUCCGGUGACCUAUAUCCUUCCCAUUGCCCUCCACUUGCUUCCGGAACGCGACAGUGACGAAGGUCUCCGUCAAUCCCGAUAUUCUUUCCAGGCUCGUUUGUACGAAUUCCUGAAAAGGUUGUGUCAUCGGGCUGUGCUGCUCUUCAUAGCAGUUGCUGGACUCACGUUUUUUGCCCUGAGCUUCGGUUUUUAUUACAGAUAUGGUUGGGAGUUUUUGGAGCACGCCUACCUUUAUCACCUGACCAGGCGGGAUAUCCGACACAACUUCUCUCCGUACUUCUACAUGCUGUAUUUGACCGCAGAGAGCAAGUGGAGUUUUUCCUUGGGAAUUGCCGCAUUCCUGCCGCAGUUCAUCUUACUUUCAGCAGUGUCUUUCGCCUAUUACAGAGACCUUGUCUUUUGCUGUUUUCUUCAUACGUCAAUUUUUGUGACAUUUAACAAAGUCUGCACCUCCCAGUACUUUCUUUGGUACCUCUGCCUCCUGCCUCUUGUGAUGCCACUAGUGAGAAUACCUUGGAGAAGAGCUGUGGCUCUCCUGAUGUUAUGGUUCAUUGGGCAGGCCUUGUGGCUGGCUCCUGCUUAUGUUCUUGAGUUUCAAGGAAAGAACACCUUUCUGUUUAUCUGGUUAGCCAGUUUGUUCUUCCUCCUUAUCAACUGUUCCAUCCUCAUUCAAAUAAUUUCCCAUUACAAGGAGGAACCCCUGACAGACAGAACCAAAUAUGACUGAUAUGCUCCAAUCCUUCUGCGACUUGGAUUCUGAUUGUUCUGAAUGGAUCAGAGAGAGCUUUGGAGAAAUUUUUUUUGAACAUCCUAAGCACUCUAGUGAAAGUUCAGUUUGGAGCAUAAAACUAUUCCAACAAAUUUUAAUGAAUGUUUGCUUACUUAUAGAGGGCUCAAUAAUUGAGUUUCAUCCUUUGGGAAAUCUCAGGACUCAUUCAUCCGGGACGUGAUGGGAAGUAAAGGUUCAGUUCAGUUCAGUUCAGUCGCUCAGUCGUGUCCAACUCUUUGCGACCCCAUGAAUUGCAGCACACCAGGCUUUCCUGUACAUCACCAAAAUUCACCCAAACUCAUGUCCAUUGAGUCUGUGAUGUCAUCCAACCAUCUCAUCCUCUGUCGUCCCCUUCUCCUCCUGCCCCCAAUCCCUCCCAGCAUCAGGGUCUUUUCCAAUGAGUCAGUUCUUCGCAUGAGGUGGCCAAAGUAUUGGAGUUUCAGCUUCAGCAUCAGUCCUUCUAAAGAACACCCAGGACUGACCUCCUUUAGAAUGGACUGGUUGGAUCUCCUUGCAGUCCUCUUGUUUGAAAAUGGAAGGGCUAAUGAAAUAAUCAGAUACUAAAAGGUUUUUGUAGAAAGGAUAGAGGAACGCAGUCAAGAUAUGAAAUCUAAGCCAGUAUUUGUUACAGUUAUACGGUGGUACUGUCUGAAACUGUCUUUUAUCCCCCACUUUUUUGUUCUAAGGCUUUCCUGGUAACUGAAAACUCAAAAUGUUCCUAAAGUAUAGCUUUUAGAUAUAAAGUCUUAAGUAAUACUACUGAAGUUGGGAAAGUUAAUUCUGUAUUAAAAUUGGGGGCUUAGAAGAUAAAGAAUCCAUAGAAUUUAAAUUAUAGUUAUGUUUCAUGUAUUUUAUAACUUAGUUUUUCAGCACUUAAUUCUAGUGGUAUUAAUUUACUGUUUGGUUUUAUCCAAAAAGGAUUAAAUUUAAAUUCAUCUGUCUUGGGACUUCCCUGGUAGUCUAGUGGUAAAGAAUCCACUUUGCAAUGCAGGGGACUUGGGUUUGAUCCCUGGUUAAGGAACUGAGAUCCCACAUGCCACGGAGCAAUUAAGCCCAUGUGCCACAACAAAAGAAUGAAGAUCUCGCAUGCUGCAAAUAAGACCCAGUGCAGCCAAAUAAAUAUAAAUAAAUAUAUAUUUUUAAAAAGAUAAAUUCAUUCAUCUUUAAACUUCCCAACGUUUUAAAAUAGCAUCUUGCUUUUGAUGUUUGAGGUCACAUACUGUUAUGACAUUUUAGAACUCUCUUUUGUCUCUGUUUUUAAUUUUCUAAUCACUAGAAAAGACUUUUGAUACAGAAUAUAAGUUAAUCAAGUAUUAUCAGUGUUAAAAUGAUUAGAGAUUUUAGGUGAUAAAAAAUCAUUAAUAGGCAUUUACCAGCUUAAAAAUACCUCACUUAUGAAAAUUUUAUGAUAGAAAUGAAGACCUGCAUAGGAGGCUCCUAAAAAGUGUAAGAAGCAUUCUAAUAGCCAUUAGUCUUUUAGACCAGGAAAUUGACGGAGAGAUUGUGAAAAUGGGCUUUAGCCAGAUGCACUUUCCUUAUUACUCUUAAUUUUCUAGGAAAAAAAUGCUUUGUGAGUUUCAAACAAGCAAGCUAAAAAAAACCAACCCAUCUAGACUGGGGACUCCCUAACACUCUAAAUGUAUUAGCAAUGAGUGAGUUUGGUUUUAUGAUUUUGAUAGUAAAAGAUGAGUAAUGUGACAACAUUGUUCUUUCACUAAAACCAAAAAAACUGCAGAGGAAGUAGUAUAUUUCAUGUCAGUUCAAGCCUAAAAAUGUCUGAAAAUAAGAUGUCUGUAGACAGGUCAUAAUUAAGAAUGCUAUUACUGGCAGCACUUCUUAAAUGGAUACCUUUUACAACCCACCAUUUAAAAGAAAGAGUACUUCUCUGGUGGUUCAGUGGAUAAGACUCUGUGCUUCAAAUGCAGGGGGCCUGAGUUCAAUCCCUGGCCAGGGAGCUAGAUCCCACAUGCCACAACUAAAGGUCCCAUGUGCUAAAACUAAGACCUGGCAGAAUGGAGCCAAAUAAAUAU